UGAAGACUUUAAUUCCCUCCUCUCUCUCUCUCUCUCUAAAUCGGUCUGUCAAGGCCAACAACCCAUGUGGUAGCUUUGCCACUGUUCCAACUCCAUCGCAUUCAGUCCCUUUUUCACAUGGAUCCUCUGCACCCCAAGAAUCCAGGGUCUCAUUAUCUCCUCUCCUGCCCCCUCCAUACUCAUCAAUUCCAAUACCCACUUUCUCGGUCAGUCUCUCUCUCAUGGUUUCUUCUUCCAUUACGUUACAGGUGUUGGUCAGAGAGCUAUUUAUCUCUCAAUAUAUCUUCUCUUUCUCUCUCAUCCCAACCUCUGAUAAGAUCCCAUAUCGAGUACCCCAGAUAAUGUGAGGGACGAGGCUUUUGUCCUAAGUUUGGUUUGGUUCGGUUCGGUUCGGUUCCAUGUCAAAAUGGGUUCUUUAUUCUGACGCAGUUGGGUGCUUAUCUCCUUUGCACGCAUUUGGAGAUUCCUUUCGCUUGGAGCCACCGCCAUUGUAGAAAUCCUGCUGGUGCUUUUUUCUCUCUCUCUCUCUCCAAAGCACUGUCUCUCGAUUUUGGGGCUCUCUAGUUAUUCCUGAGAACUACUGUCCUCACUGUUUCUUGUAAAUGUGAUUGAUGUUCAAUGAAUUUUUUCUCUCUCAUACCAAUCUGGGUUUUGGGGCACUCGAGUUAUUCCUCAGAAUAGUUGUUCUCUCACGCUCUUUUUUUAAUUAAUUUCAAUGAAUUUUGUCUUCUUCUUACACUUUUCUGGGUUCUAGGCCUUUGGCGUUUUCUGCGUUAUUCCUGUGAACGACUUGUUCUCUUUUAAAUUAAUGUUCUAUAACUUGAGUCACUCUCUGUGUUUUGGGGGUCUCAAGUUUUUCCUGUGAGUGAAUUACUUGAGUCACUCUUUUUUUGGGAGUCUCAAGUUUUUCGUGUGACUGCCUCUCUUUAAAUUUUCUGUUGAUUUGCUCUCUCUCUCUAAAUGUUCUGUUGAUUUACUCUCUCUCUAAAUUGGCAUGUCUCAAAAUUUUGUGGUUGCCAAUAUUCUUUGGGGCAGUUGGAAUUAUUGUAAAGGAUUGUUAUUACAGAGGUUGAGGAUUUAGUGAGAGAGAGUGAGGGAAGGAAAUGUCAAUGAAGAGCAGAGGAGGGGAAGAGUCUGUUAAGAAUGUAUCGAGGAGAUUGGUUCUCUUCCUGUGUCUAGGAAGCUUCUGUCUUGGCUUGCUCUUCACCAGUAGAAUUGAUGAUGUACCUGAUCCUAUAGAUGGUAUCGAGGCAAAUUUUGUCCAUGAGGAAAUACUAAAGUCUGUUGCUGAAGACUGUCCUACAAAAUCUAAGGUCACAAGGAGCAAGCACAAAUACCUUGCGGAGGUUUUGACACCAGACCAUUCUAUUGAGGCACUGGAUAAAACCAUAUUAAAUAUAGAGAUGGAAUUAGAAGCAGCAAAGGCUUCACAUGGGAGGCUACUUAGAGGCUCUAAUGGCCUUGGAAAACCUAUGGGUUCUGAUUCUACUGCAAAACGCCGAGCUUUCAUGGUUAUAGGAAUUAAUACAGCUUUUAACAGUAGAAAACGCAGAGACUCAAUUCGCUCAACAUGGAUGCCACAAGGUGAAAAGAGAAAGAAGUUGGAGGAAGAGAAAGGCAUCAUUGCUAGAUUUGUCAUAGGUCACAGUGCAACCCCAGGUGGGAUUUUGGAUAGAGCAAUUGAGGCUGAGAACAGAAAGCACGGGGAUUUCUUGAGGCUGGAGCAUGUUGAAGGGUACCUUGAAUUGUCAGCUAAGACGAUGACAUAUUUUUCUACUGCUGUUUCCUUGUGGGAUGCAGAUUUUUAUAUAAAAGUUGAUGAUGAUGUUCAUGUCAAUCUAGGAGCACUUGGAACAACUUUGGCAAGGCACAAGUCAAAGCCUCGGGUUUAUAUUGGUUGCAUGAAGUCCGGUCCAGUUCUUUCUCAAAAGGGUGUGAGGUACUAUGAGCCAGAGUUUUGGAAGUUUGGGGAGGAGGGAAACCGAUAUUUUAGGCAUGCGACAGGACAACUAUAUGCAAUUACCAAAGAGUUGGCGACAUAUAUAUCGAAAAACAGGCACAUGCUACACAAAUAUGUAAAUGAGGAUGUUUCAUUAGGGUCUUGGUUCAUAGGGAUGGACGUGGAGCACAUUGAUGACCGCACACUUUGUUGUGGAACUCCUCCAGAUUGUGAGUGGAAGGCGCAGGGAGGGCAUGCUUGUGCUGCCUCAUUUGACUGGAGCUGUAGUGGUAUUUGCAAGUCUGCCGAAAGAAUUUAUGAAGUGCACCGCCGUUGUGGCGAAAGUGAAAAAGCUCUCUGGAGUGUGGACUUUUGAGACCUAUAUCUUCACACCAAGAAGAACGUGGCUUCUAAAUGGUAUUAUGGAUAGUCCUCUCCUUUUAGAUUUAGAGAGGAAUAAACUACACUAUCUCCAAGUGGUAACACGGUCCUAGAUGUGUAUACUAUCAAGAGGAAGUCUGAUCGGGAACACCCCUCAUGUUUCGAUGAAGAGAUCAUAAUAAGCUUGAUCAUUUUCGCCCGUUCUUUUCAUCUUCUUGGACGCCAUCCUGUUUGUUCUUAUUAGGAAACUCCCCUGUACUAUUCUAUCAAAAGGUCACUCGUUGUCAUAUUCUGUACGAAGAAUAUAGUAGUCUUUCGUUUUUUUUUUUUUUUCAAUACUAACAAAGAUACUUCACCUGUAUGGAUCAAGCAGCUAAUGAAGCGGAGCAUUUUUGACAA